CUGACCGGCAGUAAGCCGAGGAGACACGGCGGCGAUGCCAGGGCGACCAGGAGAGGCUACGGCAGAAAGCAUCGCGCCAGCUUGGAAAGCGGACCCAUGACGCCAGAGUUCAGCCACGCCUCCUCCACAAAGAAACACCGCCCGUAUUCGAAAUGCCAAGACUGUCUGGGUCGGAUUCAGAGAUAUCUCGUGACCAAGCUCGGGGAGGACUGGAUCUUCCUGGUGCUGCUGGGUCUCACCAUGGCUUUGGUCAGCUGGAGCAUGGACUACACCAGUGCCAAAAGCCUGCAAGCGUAUAAAUGGAUGUACGUGGAGUUAAAGGGGAAGGUGCCGCUCCAGUAUCUGGCCUGGAUCACGUAUCCUCUCAUUCUCAUCGUUUUCUCCUCGGUGUUUUGUCACCUGGUCUCUCCACAAGCUGUAGGCUCUGGUAUCCCCGAGCUGAAGACCAUCCUGCGUGGUGUGGUGCUGAAGGAGUACCUGACUCACAAAGCCUUCAUAGCUAAGGUCAUCGGUCUGACCGCCAGCCUGGGCAGUGGCAUGCCUUUGGGAAAGGAGGGCCCCUUCGUCCACAUCGCCAGCAUCUGUGCCGCCGUGCUGAGUCGACUCAUGUCGUUCUUCACCGGGGUGUACGAGAAUAGCACCCACGUGCAGGACCUGCUGGUGUGUGCGUGUGCCGUGGGAGUGGGCACCUGUUUCGCUGCCCCUGUGGGAGGUGUACUGUUCAGCAUCGAGGUGACGUCCACCUACUUUGCGGUGAGGAAUUACUGGAGAGGAUACUUCGCCGCCACCUUCAGCGCCUUCAUAUUCAGAGUUCUGUCCGUGUGGAACAAAGACUCGGUCACGAUCACCGCUCUCUUCCGCACUAACUUCCGCAUGGACUUCCCCUUCGACCUGCAGGAGCUGCCGGCGUUCGCUAUCAUCGGGAUCUGCUGUGGAUUUCUGGGAGCUUUUUUUGUCUAUUUGAACAGGCAGGUUGUUUUGUUUAUGAGGAGACCGUCGGCGUUCACUCGCUUCCUCACCAAACACCGGCUGAUCUACCCCGCCAUGGUGACCCUGAUCAUCACCAGCAUCACUUUCCCUCCAGGCUUCGGUCAGUUCAUGGCCGGUGAGCUGAUGCCGAGAGAGGCCAUCAACUCUCUGUUCGAUAACUACACCUGGACAAAGAUCAGGGACUCUAACCUGCCGUCCGGUCUGGGCCGCUCGGCCGUCUGGUUCCAUCCUCAAGUCAGCAUCUUCAUCAUCCUCAUCCUCUUCUUAUUCAUGAAGUUUUGGAUGUCUGCGGUAUCCACGACAAUGCCCAUCCCGUCCGGAGCCUUCAUGCCCGUCUUUAUACUGGGAGCCGCGUUCGGACGCUUGGUGGGAGAGAUCAUGGCCACGCUCUUCCCUAACGGGAUCCUGUUUGAUGGCAUCGUGUACCGGAUCCUACCUGGAGGCUACGCUGUGAUUGGUGCUGCAGCGAUGACCGGCGCCGUCACUCACACGGUAUCGACGGCGGUGAUCUGCUUCGAGCUGACCGGACAGAUCUCUCACAUCCUGCCCAUGAUGGUGGCCGUGAUCCUGGCCAACAUGGUCGCCCAGGGUCUGCAGCCCUCCCUCUACGACUCCAUCAUCCAGGUCAAAAAACUGCCCUACCUCCCCGAGCUCGGGUUCGGCCACAUCAGUAAGUAUAACAUUUUCGUGGAGGACAUCAUGGUGAGGAAGGUCAAGUUCCUGUCCCCUCAGUCCACCUACCGGGAGCUUCUUCACCUGCUGGAGGUCACCACCCUAAAAACCAUCCCGCUCGUGGAUUCUAAAGAGUCGAUGAUCUUACUGGGCUCCAUCGAAAGGUGUGAACUCCAAGCGGCCUGUGACUGGUGGCUGUCAGCAGAAAGGAGGAUUUAUAACCAAGGUCAAGGAAUGUCCAGUCCCGAGUCAAAGGUCAGCGGGGAGUCCUUCUCAUUCGUGGAUGAAGAGGGAGGAGAAGAGAACAAGGAGAAGGGUAACACCGUCUCCGAGGAGCAAGACGGCCCCCUGGAAUCUGGGGACUCCACCAACAACACGGCGUCCGGUGCUCUGAGGUCCAUGAGGAACGCUUUUCGACGCCUCUGGUCCACCUCGUCCUCGUCACAGCAGGCUGAGCCACAGGAAACCUCACCGACUCCUUUACAAGACAGCAUGACUCCAGAAGAGAUCAAAGCCUGGGAGGACGCGGAGCUGGAUAAGCCGAUCAAUAUCGAUCAGAUUCGCAUCGAUCCCUCGCCGUUUCAACUGGUGGAAAGAACGUCGCUGCACAAGACACACACUCUGUUCUCUCUGCUGGGACUCAGUCAUGCCUACGUGACCAGUAUAGGAAAACUAGUGGGAGUCGUAGCACUUAAAGAGCUUCAAAAGGCUAUCGAGGGCUCGACCCGCAGCGGCGUGCGACUGCGCCCUCCUCUGGCCAGCUUCAGGGACGCCAACCGUAAAGCCAAGGAGCCCCAGCACUCGCCCUCGGCCCCCUCGUCUCCCACCCGAGACAAAGAGCUGUGGAAGGAGGACGGACACAACGAAGAGAAAGACGAGGACGACGCCGUGCCCGCUUCCCACCAGCCUGAGGAAACGGGGUGCAAGUUCGGCAUCGAGGGCGACGACGAAGAGCCAGACGGUCCCGCUCAGGAACAGCCACCCUUAUCGGACACCCCUUGUACCCCCUCCAUACCCCUGACGUCCCUCCAUUCUCCGCCCAGUGGGGAGAAGGAGAGCGACGACGACGAGGUCUAGGACUGUCGGGUUUAUCUUCCAGGAUUCCUCCUAGGGUCCGGGACGCUGUUCCACGUGUACUGUGUUCUACACUCGAUUCUCCUCUCUCACGCUGUCUCAGGAUAACGUCCACUCACUUACUGUCUGUCUGUCUGUCUGUCUGAACUUCAUCACUGUUAUUACCUUUAUUAGCUAAAUGUCUGUAUCAUUUUAUAUAUAAAAAGCUCAGAAUUAUUCUUAACUUAAUGUAUAAUAAUUCUAAUUUAAUUGUAGAGUAGAAUUAUUAUUAAGGAAUUACUGAUGUCCUCAAAUGUGACUCUUGCUUUAUUUAUAUGGAUUGUUUUUUGGUAAUGACCGCAGCUCACAGACGGGCUGUCGUUUAGUGUACUGUAUGUAGUAUUACUUCCAAAAUACACAAUCAUGUCUUGGUU